AUGGUCAAAGUAAAAACCAUAGUCCGCAUCCAAGAGGAAGAGUCCAGAGAAACACAGAACGAUAUUUUUAAGCGCCACAAAAACACAGACUCAACUUUGCAUCCUUUUCAACAAGCUAGGGAGUACGUCAGAGCACUGAAUGCUGCGAAGCUGGAAAAGAUUUUUGCGAAGCCUUUUAUAGCAGCGCUCAAAGACCAUACAGAUUCAGUUUUAUCGUUGGCAAGGUCUGAUAAGUACUUAAGUCUUGCAGUUUCAGGCAGUGCCAAUGGUGAAAUCAAGCUGUGGGAUCUUACAAAAAUGACUUGCAAAUUAUCGAUGAAUGAAGCCCACGCAGGCUUUGUCAAUGGUCUCAGCAUGAGAGGAGACUAUUUUGCUUCUGCUGGAAGAGAUUCUGUGAUAAAGCUAUGGAGUUUUGAUGGAAAUUCAGAGAUUUAUAAUUCCUCAAUGCCCUUGAAUGCAGUAGACAUUUCUUGGGAAGGAGAUUUAUUUGCUUCUUGCGGACAUGAUGGAGUCCAGGUGUGGGAUUUCAAAAGGUCUGAGCCUUUAAGCGAAUACCAAUGGGGCUCAGACUCAACUACAAAGAUUAAGUACAACCCUACUGAAUUUCAUUUACUAGGGACCACAGUCACUGAUAGAAGCAUUAUUUUGAUAGAUACUCGAGCGAACUCCUGCUUGCAAAAAUUCACGCUUAAAAUGAAAUCUAAUGACUUUGCAUGGAACCCGAGGGAGCCAAUGAAUUUUACAGUCGCAAACGAAGACACCAACUUAUACACUUUUGAUAUGAGAAAUUUAUCAGAGCCCAUAAAAAUCCACAAAGACCAUAUAAAUGCAGUCACAAGUGUUUCUUACAGCCCUACAGGCAGGGAAUUUGCUUCAGGCUCUUUUGAUAAAACUGUAAGGAUUUUUGAUGUUAGAGACGGUAUAAAUAAAAUGGCAUUCGGUUCGAGAGAAAAUUAGCUUGCUAAUUUUCUCUCCCUCAUGGAAUUUUAUUUAUGGGGUUGGGUUUUCUCUCGAGAACUUCUGCACAGCAAUAGCUGUUUAACUUUGGGGAUAACCAAAGGGAAACAGCUCCUCAGUGCGUUCAAGAUCUCGGAGUUUUACCCCUCAGCACUUCUCCACGGGAAGAAGACCCUUAGGCGGAACACGCGCAGGAGCUGAGUCAAGACAGAGCGACGACAACUCGCCGGGUGAGAUGUGCGGCGGCUAGGGGCGAAGCGUCGAUAGAAGGCUUGGUCGGUUCGGUUGGGCUGACCAUCGCGAUUCCAAGAUGGCUCCGUGACGUCGCUAGUUAGCUAAAAGUUCCAUUUUGGGACUGCGGCACUAGACACCUUAAACACCAAAUAAUUAAGUUAAGUUAAGAUGUUAGAGACGGCAGAAGCAAAGAAGUUUACCACACAAGAAGGAUGCAGUGGAUUCACGCAGUGGAAUUUACAGGUGACGGAAAAUUCGUGCUAACUGGUUCUGAUGACACAAAUGUGAGGGUGUGGAAAGCCAAAGCAGACGAACAGCUUAAGACCUUGAUGCCAAGAGAACAGGAAGCAAUAAAUUAUAGAGAAAGACUUAAAAAGAAAUAUCAGUACGUCCCAGAGAUGAGAAGGAUAUUGAAGCACAGACAUUUGCCAAGAUAUCUGUUUAAGACAAGAAAGAUUAAACAGAUUCAAAAAGAGAGUGAGUUUAGAAAGGAAAGAAAUAGAAGAGCACACACAAAGCCUGAAAAUAUUAAAAAUAUCAAAGAAAAGAGCACAGUUGUUAUUAAUGAAGAAGAGUAG